AUGGAAGUAGGAAGAGGAAAUAUAGUAUUGCAAGAUCUUUUGACAGCAGACAUGCCACCACCAGCUGUGUUUGCUGAGAAUACUGGGUUAAAUGUUAAUCAAGAUAUUCAAAAUACUGACAAUGAAGCUUUACAAAUGAAUGAUGUAUUUAAUAGGAUAAAAACACAUUUUCCUCCUGCUAAAAUUAAGAAAAUCAUGCAAACUGAUGAUGAUAUUGGUAAAGUUUCACAAGCCACUCCUGUGAUAGCAGGCAGAUCAUUGGAAUUUUUUAUGGCAAUGUUAGUGGAACAAAGCGGCCAAAUGGCACGUCAAAUGAAUACUAAACGUAUUACUGCGGAUAUUGUUAAAAGAACUAUAAUGGAAAACGAAAAAUUUGAUUUCUUAAGAGAAAAUUUUGGUAUCAAUGAAGAAGGUGAAGAUGAUGAGACUAAUAGUAACAACUAA